CCAUGGCGCAGCCCUUCUCCCUGGACAUGUGCGACGUGGUGGGCUAUGAUCUGGACCACACGCUGGCCCGUUACCGGCUGGCCCGCAGCGCCCCGCUCAUCUACAACAGUUUUGCUCACUAUCUGGUAACAGAGAAGGGUUACGAUAAGGAAUUGCUAACUCCAUCUCCGGAAGGCUGGGACUUUUGUUGUAAGGGCCUGGUGCUAGAUCUCGAAGAUGGGAACUUCCUCAAACUCGCCGAUGAUGGAACCAUUCUGAGGGCAAGCCAUGGAACUAAGAUGAUGACUUCCGAAGAGCUCCAGGACGUGUACGAAAAGAGAAAGUGGAAGCAUUUUAAAUCGGAUAGUGAAAUGGCCUGCCGCUCCGCUCAAUAUUAUUUUUAUGACAACUACUUUGACCUGCCAGGAUCCCUUCUUUGUGCAAAGCUUGUGGACUGCUUGACCAGGAAUGGAGUCCAGAAACCUUUUGAGUUUUGGAAGGAUAUCGUUGCUGGGAUACAGCAUAAUUAUAAAAUGUCUGCUUUUAAAGAGAACUGUGGGAUGUACUUUCCCGAAGUGAAAAAGGACCCAGGGAAAUUCUUGCAGAAAUGUCCUGCAUCCGUGACCAGGUGGCUUCGGCAGUUGAAAAACUCUGGGAAAGUCCUCCUGCUGAUUACCAACUCUCACAGUGACUAUUGCAGGCUCCUCGGGGAAUACGUGCUCGGGAGUGAUUUUACAGAUCUUUUUGACAUUGUGAUUACAAAUGCCUUGAAGCCUGGUUUCUUCUCUCAAAUCCCAAAUCAAAGACCAUUCCGGACUCUUGAAAACGACGAGGAGGGGGAAUCCCUGCCCUCUCUGGAGAAGCCUGGUUGGUAUUCCCAAGGGAAUGCUUCCCAACUCUAUGAGCUGCUGAAGAAGAUGACUGGCAAGCCAGAGCCCAAGGUGGUUUACUUUGGAGACAGCAUGCAUUCAGACAUUUUCCCAGCCCGGCACUAUAGCAAGUGGGAGACGGUCCUGAUCCUAGAGGAGCUUGGCAUGGGCGACGGGGUAGUGUCUGGGCAAGGAGAGGUCGAACCCAGGGAAAAGAAGGGCAAGUAUGAGGGGCAGCAGGCCAAGCCGCUGAGUUCUAGGUCUGAACUGUGGGGUUCCUUCUUUGUCGACGCCAUUUCGGGAACAGAAAACACAGAAGAGUCGUUGGAGUUCACGUGGGCCUGCAAACGAAUCCAGACCUACAGCACUAUUGCCAUUCCAAGUGUUGAAGCGAUUGCAGAUUUGCCUCUGGAUUAUCAGUUUACCAGAUUCUCUUCGACUGGCUUGAAGACGGCUGGUUACUAUCCAGGCCCGCCAAGAGAACUCUUCUCAAACGGAGGGCCAGAGAUGCCCAGCUAAGAGGGCAACGGUGUGGACCCCAGAUCAGAAAGCCGCCCAGCCUGUCAAACAAUGCUCAGUGCACACACUGUGUAAUGCUUCAUCUGAGCAAGAUGGGGAUUAAAGGAGCAAAGGAAACGGU